GGCAUCGGUUGAAUACUUAAAGACACCAUGUGGAUUUGUAAAAUAACGAUAUAUUCCCUGCUCCUCGGACUCUGUGCGGCUCAGAUCUGUAAUGUUAUUGUUACUAGGAAAUUUAAAGGAACUACUGUGGACGUUCAAACGAAGGAUUGCUGCAAGGGUUACAAAAAAGUAAGGAGUUCCCCACUCAGAUGUAUUGCACAAUGCAAUAAGCAAAUAGAUUGCGUAAGUGGCUUUUGCACGAAAACAAAUGUCUGCACCUGCUGGAAAGGAUAUGUCAACUUAAAUAACGAUCCAUAUAACCGAUGUGUGCCCUACUGCAAGGGCUGCAGUCGAGGAACCUGCCAAUCUCCUGGCCGCUGUAUCUGUUCCGCGCGCCAUCUGCUGGACAAAAAGACAAACAACUGCAUACCCCAAUGUGCCAGUGGUUGUCCCAAUGGGACUUGUAUAACACCCAACCAAUGUAGUUGCAACGAAGGAUACAAGCUGAAUGCAACUACCCAGGUGUGUCUGCCAACAUGCAAGGACAACUGCAAGGCAGCCAAUGGCUUCUGUGCGGCUCCGAAUCGCUGCGAGUGCAAUCAAGGUUUCGUUCCCAAGCCAAAGUCCAAAUCGUUUGAGUGUCAGCCGAAAUGCAAAAAUGGCUGUAGCAACGGAGUUUGCCGGGCUCCCGACAAAUGCGAGUGCAACAAAUUCUACAAAAAGGACAUCGAUGGGAACUGCGCUCCAGUCUGCGAAGACGGAUGCGUGAAUGGGAACUGCACUGCCCCGGACGUCUGUCAAUGUCUGCCGGGAUAUACGAAAAUAGGGCACAAUGUCUGCUUGGCCGUUUGUCCCGAUGGUUGCCAGAACGGAGUCUGCGUGGCGCCCAACGAGUGCUCCUGCAAUGCUGGAUACACGAAGCUGGAAGGUGUCUGCACACCUGUUUGCAAGGAUGGAUGCGUGAACGGAUUCUGUGCUUCUCCAGAAAAGUGCUCCUGCUAUGAUGGAUAUGAAAUGGACAGUGAAAACAGAUGUUCUCCAGUUUGCCCAGGUGGAUGCAAGAACGGUUUCUGUGUUGCCCCAGGAAAGUGUUCCUGUGAUGAAGGAUACAGCAUGGAAACAGAAAACAGUUGUAAACCAAUUUGCUCAGAAAGAUGUGAGAAUGGAUUCUGUGAUGCUCCAGAAAAGUGCUCCUGCAAUGAUGGAUAUGCAAUGGACAGUGAGAACAGAUGUUCUCCAGUUUGCUCAGGUGGAUGCAAGAACGGUUUCUGUGUUGCCCCAGGAAAGUGUUCCUGUGAUGAAGGAUACAGCAUGGAAACAGAAAACAAUUGUACACCAAUCUGCUCCAGAGGAUGUGAGAACGGAUUCUGUGAUGCCCCAGAAAAGUGCUCCUGCUAUGAUGGAUAUGCAAUGGACGGUGAAAACAGAUGUUCUCCAGUUUGCUCAGGUGGAUGCAAGAACGGUUUCUGUGAUGCCCCAGGAAAGUGUUCCUGUGAUGAAGGAUACAGCAUGGAAACAGAAAACAGAUGUACACCAAUCUGCUCCAGAGGAUGUGAGAACGGAUUCUGUGAUGCCCCAGAAAAGUGCUCCUGCAAUGAUGGAUAUGCAAUGGACAGUGAAAACAGAUGUUCUCCAGUUUGCUCAGGUGGAUGCAAGAACGGUUUCUGUGAUGCCCCAGGAAAGUGUUCCUGUGAUGAAGGAUACAGCAUGGAAACAGAAAACAGUUGCACACCAAUCUGCUCCACAGGAUGUGUGAACGGAUUCUGUGAUGCCCCAGAAAAGUGUUCCUGCUAUGAUGGAUAUGCAAUGGACGGUGAAAACAGAUGUUCUCCAGUUUGCUCAGGUGGAUGCAAGAACGGUUUCUGUGUUGCCCCAGGAAAGUGUUCCUGUGAUGAAGGAUACAGCAUGGAAACAGAAAACAGUUGUAAACCAAUUUGCUCAGAAAGAUGUGAGAAUGGAUUCUGUGAUGCCCCAGAAAAGUGUUCGUGCUAUGAUGGAUAUGCAAUGGACGGUGAAAACAGAUGUUCUCCAGUUUGCUCAGGUGGAUGCAAGAACGGUUUCUGUGAUGCCCCAGGAAAGUGUUCCUGUGAUGAAGGAUACAGCAUGGAAACAGAAAACAGUUGUAAACCAAUUUGCUCAGAAAGAUGUGAGAAUGGAUUCUGUGAUGCUCCAGAAAAGUGCUCCUGCAAUGAUGGAUAUGCAAUGGACAGUGAGGACAGAUGUUCUCCAGUUUGCUCAGGUGGAUGCAAGAACGGUUUCUGUGUUGCCCCAGGAAAGUGUUCCUGUGAUGAAGGAUACAGCAUGGAAACAGAAAACAAUUGUACACCAAUCUGCUCCAGAGGAUGUGAGAACGGAUUCUGUGAUGCCCCAGAAAAGUGUUCGUGCUAUGAUGGAUAUGCAAUGGACGGUGAAAACAGAUGUUCUCCAGUUUGCUCAGGUGGAUGCAAGAACGGUUUCUGUGAUGCCCCAGGAAAGUGUUCCUGUGAUGAAGGAUACAGCAUGGAAACAGAAAACAGUUGUAAACCAAUUUGCUCAGAAAGAUGUGAGAAUGGAUUCUGUGAUGCUCCAGAAAAGUGCUCCUGCAAUGAUGGAUAUGCAAUGGACAGUGAGAACAGAUGUUCUCCAGUUUGCUCAGGUGGAUGCAAGAACGGUUUCUGUGUUGCCCCAGGAAAGUGUUCCUGUGAUGAAGGAUACAGCAUGGAAACAGAAAACAAUUGUAAACCAAUCUGCUCCAGAGGAUGUGAGAACGGAUUCUGUGAUGCCCCAGAAAAGUGUUCGUGCUAUGAUGGAUAUGCAAUGGACGGUGAAAACAGAUGUUCUCCAGUUUGCUCAGGUGGAUGCAAGAACGGUUUCUGUGAUGCCCCAGGAAAGUGUUCCUGUGAUGAAGGAUACAGCAUGGAAACAGAAAACAGUUGUAAACCAAUUUGCUCAGAAAGAUGUGAGAAUGGAUUCUGUGAUGCUCCAGAAAAGUGCUCCUGCAAUGAUGGAUAUGCAAUGGACAGUGAGGACAGAUGUUCUCCAGUUUGCUCAGGUGGAUGCAAGAACGGUUUCUGUGUUGCCCCAGGAAAGUGUUCCUGUGAUGAAGGAUACAGCAUGGAAACAGAAAACAGUUGUACACCAAUCUGCUCCAGAGGAUGUGAGAACGGAUUCUGUGAUGCCCCAGAAAAGUGUUCGUGCUAUGAUGGAUAUGCAAUGGACGGUGAAAACAGAUGUUCUCUAAUUUGCCCAGGUGGAUGCAAGAACGGAUUCUGUGUUGCCCCAGGAAAGUGUUCCUGUUAUGAAGGAUACAGCAUGGAAACAGAAAACAGAUGUACACCAAUCUGCUCCAGAGGAUGUGAGAACGGAUUCUGUGAUGCCCCAGAAAAGUGCUCCUGCAAUGAUGGAUAUGCAAUGGACAGUGAAAACAGAUGUUCUCCAGUUUGCUCAGGUGGAUGCAAGAACGGUUUCUGUGAUGCCCCAGGAAAGUGUUCCUGUGAUGAAGGAUACAGCAUGGAAACAGAAAACAGUUGCACACCAAUCUGCUCCACAGGAUGUGUGAACGGAUUCUGUGAUGCCCCAGAAAAGUGUUCCUGCUAUGAUGGAUAUGCAAUGGACGGUGAAAACAGAUGUUCUCCAGUUUGCUCAGGUGGAUGCAAGAACGGUUUCUGUGUUGCCCCAGGAAAGUGUUCCUGUGAUGAAGGAUACAGCAUGGAAACAGAAAACAGUUGUAAACCAAUUUGCUCAGAAAGAUGUGAGAAUGGAUUCUGUGAUGCUCCAGAAAAGUGCUCCUGCAAUGAUGGAUAUGCAAUGGACAGUGAGAACAGAUGUUCUCCAGUUUGCUCAGGUGGAUGCAAGAACGGUUUCUGUGUUGCCCCAGGAAAGUGUUUAAGACACUUGAAGUGGGUAUUCAUAUCGAUUGGUGCAAUGGCCUUCAUCUUGGCAAUAAUAGUCGCCAUGCUGAUGACUUAUAUAUUUAAGAAACGCUCGUAUCACCUGGACAAGAAUGAGAGGGAGUUGGGUGUAUAUUUCUCUCCCAAAAGGGUUGAUAUCAUUCGAGCAUGAGCUUCAACGGCAAGUCAGCAAUAUUCUCAUUUUACAAUAAAGCUUACUUAUAAAAUGAAAAAGGA